UAGGGCGGGACAUUAUUGGACGAGAUUUCAACUGCUUCAAGUUGACAGUCAAAGGACCAACCAGUUAAUGCCUACUGUGUUCCCUCGCUACGCACACACGAAAUGAACCCGUAUGCGAUAAGGGGUUGGCAUCUACCUACAGCCUACUCUGAGAGCAACAACUGUGACCGCAACUACCCAGCAAUGUACCCAGCAAGCUGGCCUUCCGGGUAUUUCACCCCACCAUCUGUCUACCCGUUCCAGACUGAUACCACCAAACAGCAUAAUGGUAACGAUUGGAAGUUACAGACCAUUUGUUCCACGAAUUCUGAAGCUUCAACUCCAAGAGACUCCAACAAUUUGGUUAAACCCGGGUAUGAAAGUUUAUUGUACAAACCAAAUAACGCUCGUACUGACAUUGAGGGCGGUCGAGAGGAAGCACAACGGAGUUGUUGUGCCAUAUCGUGUUCCUGUAAUGGACAACAGAGACUCAAUGUUAUUGACAAUUCCUGGAGAAACCCCGAAGUCUCUGCAACGUUAGAUUUCAAUAAAACACCCGGGAUGUCACCGUAUCAGAGCUUCUGCCAAAGAGAGAUGCAGCAGUCAAUCCAUCUUCCCUCCACUUCCAUUGCGCCAACGACCGUGACGCUCCGCAAACGACGUCGCCCUUACUCCAAAUUCCAGAUAGCGGAGUUGGAGCGAGAGUACUCUGGAUCUACGUACAUAUCCAAAUCUCGACGAUGGGAGUUGUCGCAGCUUAUCAAUCUAUCAGAACGCCAAAUCAAAAUCUGGUUCCAAAACCGCCGGAUUAAAGCCAAAAAGCUACAGAAACGGGAGGAACUCACCGGGUCAGUGGGACAAGUUCCGCAUGACGUGUUAGAUGAUGGUACUAUGACGUCAUGAAUCACGUGACUCUUAGAUAACAAAAAUAACAUUGAUGGGGAACCCUCGGGAACUUCGUAGUUCAUUACAGACAGGACGUCGUCUCUGGGAUGUUGAUGGUGGUGUUGGCAGGAGACGCCGUUGAGACGUUUAUCACAGGAAGUUGAAUUUGAUCUCAUUCGGCAAAGUAUGAUCACUUCCUGUUGUGGCAUGACGGUUCUCUAGGAUGCAUAGCUUUAACAUAGGGUCUUCUCUGUGGGAAGGACACCGUGGACUUCUGUUCUUGAAGGCAACAAUUCCACCGCUAGUCCGAAUCGUGGGGCGCGAUGCCCCGGUGGAAAACUAACACUGAAUAACGUCAAAUAUACGUACUCUUUCAAUCCCCAGUAAUGGUACCUCCAUAGAUGUCAUUAACCAAAGCUAAUGUAUGGUUUGAUCAUAGUAUUGUGAGUUUAUCCACUUUUAGCAAUACACGAUCCAUAUGUCGAUGUGAAGAACAGCACCGGCUUCGCAGAAGGCACCAAUGAACCGAAUUCGAACGAUCGAAAGCUUGGGUACUUCUCCACUCAGUCUCUACAUUGUUAGGUACAUGUAGUUGGAACAUUCUUCUCUUAGAACUUUUUAUUCUUUUACUACUUUUCAAAAUGACGCAAGAUUUACAGGUCAGUUAUACGUUAGAUUAUACAUACAAUAAACCUUACAAACAGUAAGUAUUUGACUGAAUGCAUUACCACAAAGAAUGCAACAUAAUGGCAUUGCGCAUUCUUAUUUACUCAAAGAAUACGUGUAAUAUAAACGCAAAAGCUCAGAGAGCCGGAAGUAGGUCCAAAUGGUGCUUGAAAUUCACCCUUUGGUUCCUCGGUUCAUACCAGUAUGCGUAUCUUUGACACAAAAAUUGCAAUAUUUUCUGUUUUGUUCCAAAUUGGUCCACAUGGCAACUGUUGUUGCCGAUAUUACGGAUAUUACUCUUUUGGACAAUGGUAGAUGUUCAAGGUAUGAAUUCCUGGUGUAAUAGUUUAAGCUUAGCGCACAAUUGGAACUAGAUAAUUAUUUCAAGAAUCUUUGACUACUAUAAACAUUAUUAUAAUGGCAAUGUUAAAUCCUGACAUAUUCUCAGAAUUGAAAUUAUGGAAGUGACUGUUUCUAAUGUGACAUGUGACAGUUACUUUGUGACAGUUCAUUUAAUGGACAGGUUAGCUAAAAACAAUUUCAUUUUUAAAUUCUAUAAAUAUUAAUUUAAAUAAUAUU